GGGCGGUGCCGGGGCCUUCCAGCGGCUCGGAGCCUCCCCGAGGCCGGCGCCUGUCGGGAGGGGCCGUGCGGGCGGCGACUCUAUGGUGCCGGAGGAGCGGCCGCACGGUUGUGCACCAUGUGGAAGCUUCCUUCUUUUCUGGCUCGGACGCUCACUUCUGGGACCAGUGGCUUGCCAUUGCUUCCAGAUAUGGCUGAAGGACACUUACCCAUUCAUGUGAAUAAUGUGCGAAGCAGAUUGAGGGAUAUAGUGGGAGCAUCUACCAACUGGAGGGAUCAUGUGCAAGCAAUGCAAGAAAGAAAAGCUCUUCAUACUUUACUGGCAAAACGUCAGGAAGAUCUCCCCCCUAGAAGAAUGAAAGAUAGCUAUUUGGAAGUUAUUCUGCCUCUAGGAAGUCAACCUCAAAUAAGAGAGAAGUAUCUGAAUGUAUACAACAGCGUAAGGUUUGGAAGGAUACUUGAAGAUCUUGACAGUUUAGGAGUUCUUAUUUGCUACACUCACACCAAGCAGGAAACGCAGCCAAGGUCUCCCUUAUCGAUAGUUACAGCCCUGGUGGAUAAAAUUAAUUUGCGCAAGAGGGUCGUACACCCUGACUGUGACAUCAAAUUCACGGGCAAUGUUUCCUGGGUUGGAAAGACCUCAAUGGAAGUAAAGAUGCACAUGCUGCAGUUGCACGACGGUGAUUACUGCCCUGUGUUAGAUGCAACCUUUGUCAUGGUGGCCCGGGACCCAGAAAACAAACGGCCGGCAUUUGUUAAUCCACUCAUUCCUGAGAGCCCUGAGGAAGAAGAAAUCUUCAAGCAAGGGGAAAUGAACAAGUUAAAGAGGAUUGAUUUCAGCACUGCUUCGUUACUGAAAAUGGCUCCCACUGCAGAAGAAAGAAACAUUGUUCAUGAUAUAUUCCUGAAUACAUUGGACACAAGGACAGUAAGUUUUCGGAGUCGUGUAUUACCGCCCAAUUCAGUCUGGAUGGAAGAUGCAAAGCUAAAAGGCCUACAGAUUUGCCAUCCUCAGGAGCGGAACAUCUUCAACAGGAUCUUUGGGGGUUUUCUAAUGAGAAAGGCAUUUGAACUGGGAUGGGCGACUGCUUGCAGCUGUGGGGGUUCCAGACCUUUUAUUGUAUCUGUUGAUGAUAUCAUGUUUCAGAGGCCAGUUGAGGUUGGAUCCUUAUUAUUGCUUUCUGGACAGGUCUGUUACACGGAGAAAAACUACAUCCAGGUUCGAGUGCACAGUGAGGUGUAUGAUGCAGAUACUAGAGAGCACCACACAACCAACAUCUUCCAUUUUACAUUUAUAUCAGACGAGGUCCCGCAUGUUGUCCCCAAAACAUACGGAGAGUCCAUGUUGUAUUUAGACGGGAAGCGACACUUUGCUGCAACCAUGAAAGAAAUCUGAGAGGCACUGAGUGCUGCACCAGCAGUGUAUCAGCAUACUGUCUUAGAAUGAAUGAGUCAUCACCAAGGAUGGCUAACAAACAAGUGCUCUCAAUACUAAACCAAAAUAAAAAAACCAACCCCCCCCUUUUUAGUACUAUUUAUGUAUUUGCAUAUAAGUGGAUUUUUUAUUCUCCGCUACUAGGAUUUCUUGAAAUUUCCUUUGACACACCAACUCUGUUAGGAAAUGAGGCUGAAAAAAUACAAUCAUACUUUGCUUUGAGAGAUCUUGUUACCCCCCUCUUGCUGUCUUGUCACCAUCUGCCUUUUUUCCCUUGGUAGCUUCCCUUUGUGCUUCUCUGACAAUGGAUAGAAGUUCUAUCAGAAAAAUGUGUGCAAUAAGUAGAUACAGAUGAAGCCAUUUGACCUGUAUUCUCAUGUAAAUUAGGUUUAGGGUCUUGUUUUUCAAGAAGGACACUGGCAUUUGGGUUGCAACAGAAGCUCAGAAGUUAUUAGUGUGCACAGUGUACAAGCAGGUAUUUUCCAUCAUUUUGGAUUUUACAAGGUUGUUGCAGCUUCUUUUUUAUAUGGUUUCACGUUCACUUGGUAGACUUUUUUGCAAUGAUGUGAAGUUGCUAGAUGGUCUGUUCUGACAUUGUAGGCAUACAGCCAGCCCUGAGAGCCUCUUCUAAUUUUUUUGUUCGCUGCUGUAACUGCAUGCUAGUUCCUGAAUGAGUAAUUUCUUGUAGCGUAUGGAAUAGUGAUCUGAGUGGUGAAAUUUUGUAAGACUCGGAAAUGGUAUUGUAGAGCAGAACUGGGAGCAGAGAAGGAAAAUGCUGCUAAAAUGGUAAUGGUUAUGUUUGAUUUGUGCAGGAAUUAAGGGCCCAGAGGAUCUGUGCUGAGCAGCUCCCGAGUCAGGUGCUGAGAGGUUGUUUUUUUUUUUUUUUUUUUAUUGGACUGAGCGGUGGAGAUGACAUCCUCCACAGCUGGGUUAUUUGUGUGGUUACUCACACUUCACUACAGUCUACUGAGGACUGCACAGCUUUUAAAGUUGUUGAUUUUACCUAUGAAGGAUGGAGCAACUGAGCACCACAGAAUGGACACCAAAGUGGACGUAACUGUAGUAUAUAAGUAGCAGGAAGAAAGUAGUUGAUACUGAAGUGCUUCUGAUGUAGUGGAGAAAGCUUUCAUCUGCAAUAUCUGGCAGAUAAAGCCCAACAUACUGAAAUUAGGAGGAUCAGUGGAUGGAAAGCAUCAGCUUUUAGCAGUGGGGAUGAUGAGUCACAAGCACAAAACGUGGCCUUGGAUACCUUCAAAUCAAGACUGAUGUUUUGUGUGAGCAAGGCGGACACCUAAACUGGAGUAAUUGGGCUCCAUGGCAGUUUAAAUGGAUCAACUGUGGUGUUUUAUAAUCCAGGAGAACAGACUUAUGUGUCCCUUCUAAGGUUAAAGUUUGUGAAAUCAGGAAGCACUGGGUAAAAGUGGUGUGACAGCACAGAUGCACGAAAUGAGUUGAUAAAACAGGGUGUUGAGAUUUUUAUUUCAGAGUAAGAAAGUUUAAAAAUUUAAUGUUUAGAAGCAACUUUAUUUUUGCUGGAAGGAUAGUGUGACGUUCAUGGCUCCUGAAAGCUGACUGUUACUCUUGUAAAGAGACUGAAUGUUACAACCGCUAGCAUGUAACACAUUGGCCUUUCUAAGAAUUUGCUGCCUGUAUUUGUAAGUUAGGCAGCUUUCUAGUACAGGAACAGGGUUGUUACCUGAUCCAGAUGGGAUUAAUGCAUUGCAGAGAGAUCAAGCUUCCAGAUCCCGAUGUAGUUUCUCCCUUCGGUUACACUCUGUUGCUGAUUCAGCUGGUUUUAGUCAUUUCCUGUAAUGGUUAUGCCACUCUGAGUAUGUAUUAUAUUUUCUGUUUUCUUUAUUUUUAAUACUCUUUUGAAGCUGAAUAUACUUGACUGACCAAACAAAUAAAGAACUGAAAAUCUAUCCCAGCUUUUUAUAUGUAUCAAUAUUUAAAUAUGAAUUUAUCAUAAUUUCUAAAUUCAGCCUUCGGAAGGGGGUGGGAGAAAAAGGUUAUAGGGUAGGGAGCAAGGCUUGACAUCAAAACCUCUGGAUGCAGUGAAGAAAACAAAUCCCACAAAUGAAGUUGCUUAAAAGAACUAUCUCAUGAAUGAAGAUGCUUGAGAGAAUUGCUGUGUUUUUGUACUUCAUGAUAUUGUAAUCACGUACCACAGUUGCAGUAGUUAUAGAAAUGUAUUUACAGUCAUGCAGAACCUCUGUGUUUAUAUAUACAAAUAUAUAUAUAUAUGUAUGUUACAUCUUUUACAUAUAGUAAUAAAUACACAAA